AAUAACUGUUUUUUAAAAAAAAAUAAAGUCCCCAAUCAGGCAUGUUCUCAUGAAGAAGCUCUUGACUUAAGAUUGCAUGCUGAAAAAGUGCAUAAACCUGAGAAAAUUCAUUAAGUUUAAAAUGGGGAAAUGGUCAGGAUUUGAUUCGGGGCUCAGUCCAACUGAGACUCAUAUGAGAACAAGUCUGCUCUUGGUACCAAACACCAGCUUGCUGCGGAAAGGAGGUGCAAGGAACCUGUCAGAGGCAAAUCCUCCUCCCUGGCUGCUGUUCUUUUCUUGGCUCUUCUGAAGUCCUAACUUUGUACCAUAGGGGAAAACUCCUUGCAGGAGGCAAAUAUCCUUAAUGAGAGUGUAUUGUUGUUUGAAGCAUCCUAUCUCAGCUCUCUUGUCUUAGAGAGGGGGAAAAGAAAAAAACAAAAAGCUUCUCCAGUGUUGUUUCCUGCAAAGACCAUUCUUAAGAGCUCGUUGGACAGCGCAGGGCUCUUGAAGUGAUAGCUAAUUGGUGAAAGAAAGGCCCUGAUUGUCUUGAGGGAGCUGGAAAGUGCUGCGUGUGCUGCUGAAAGGGACUAGGGAGAAGGUGCCUGGUUUCGCUGAGCAGCUGCUGCUGGAGAUGUUUGGAGAUUACAUCAGCAUUGGAAAAAAGGGGCAAAAAAAAAAAAAAGUCCAACUUCACAGAGACGGAGUUUAUGGAGGUUUUUUUCCCCUUUCCAAAGGUCUUCUGACAAUACUGUCAUUGUCGAUAUAAGAGUUGUUAAUUCUUUAUGAAUAGCACAUGGGGCCUCUUGACUAAAUAGUACGUUACAUGUCCCAAAUCUGUCAGCUGGACUCUUCUCUCACAUGCUAGUGAGAUCACUUUGAUUGGAAUGUUACAGGAAUUGCUGGGCUGGCCGCGCAGAACUGAAUACUGCAUUAUAUAAUUAGAUCUCCCAGAGUAUUUUUUUCGCAUUACCUCAUUAUUCUAGCUUAAAUAUGGAAUCAGUCCUUUUGAUGAUUUUACUAGUUGUAAUUAUAUUAAUACGAUUCAUUUUGUGGUCCUGUCUUAGUGCUUAUAUAGAUUAUAAACUGUCCCGAAGGUUUCCUGACACAAGAAAAGAAGACUAAGAGACUUCAAAAGGCUUGUUCAGGUUUGAAAUGACAAUGGAGAGAACUGGAUAAGGUAAAUGGAGCUAGAGCAGAUUUUACCUUGGGAUCUGAUGAGAGAGAAAUGACCUGUUGAGACUGCAACCGAGUGAAGAUUCUUCAGAAAGCCUCAUGCUGACAGAGGGGGAAAAAAAAUGACAACUGAUUGAGUCAAAUGACUUCCUGUCAAACGCAGGCAUUAAUUUGUUGUUGGGAACAGACUUUUGGACUUGUGCCAAUUAAAUGAUCUGGACAAGCUGGAAGGAAUCCUAUUGCUGGGCAGUCCAAGACUGCCAGCGACCCAGUCUCGAUAUGUGAAAUGUGAUGGCGUGCUGCCUGCUGGACUAACUGCUGGUCUGUACGUUAAGAUGUCAGCUGCACAGCCUGCCUGGACGCAACAACUGACGGUGCCUGAAUGAA